AAUAAUCUUCGUCACUGUCGAAUUAAUUAGUUUUGAUUACGACCGCAAAAAGGAACCAAAUUGCCGUUGAAGGGGCACGCAGAAAAAAUUCUGUCUGCGUCUCCAAACCAACUCUCUUCUUCUUCUUCUUCUUCUCUCGAUCUGAUCCGUAAUUACACUACUUCUCUCCUUUCCGGACCAAUUGGAUCGCUUCUUUCGGGUUUGGCGAAGGUUCAGUUACUUUGAUCUGGGAAAAAAAGUUCCGCAUCAGAUUUUGUAUCGCCGGAAAAAAACAUUUCUCGCCGGAGAUUUUGACGGAUUCAUUAGACGCCAUGGACGUUCCUAGCUCUUGGGAUGCUUUACGCAAACAGGCUAGAAAGAUUGAAGCUCAGCUUGACGAGCAGAUGCAUUCAUACCGCAGACUUGUUUCCACUAAUAAGGCUUUAACCAAGUCAGAUGGUGCUGAGAGUGAUCUCGAAGCUGGGAUUGAUUUACUUCUAAGUCAACUUCAACAAGUUAACGCGCAGAUGCAAGCAUGGGUUUCUUCUGGUGGCUCAGAGAUGGUCUCACAUACUUUAACUCGACAUCAGGAGAUCCUUCAAGAUCUCUCUCAGGAGUUUUAUCGACACCGCUCAAGUCUUAAAGCAAAACAAGAGCACGCUUCACUUCUUGAGGACUUUAGAGAAUUUGACCGGACUAGAUUAGACUUAGAAGAAGGGGGUGGCUCUACAGAGCAAGCCUUGCUCAAAGAACAUGUGGGAAUCAACCGCAAUACAGCGCAGAUGGAUGGUGUCAUUUCACAAGCUCAGGCAACGCUUGGUACACUCGUGUUUCAGCGUUCAACUUUUGGAGGCAUCAACUCUAAGCUUAGCAAUGUCACCAGCCGUCUACCCACGGUGAACACGAUUCUGUCAGCGAUAAAGAGGAAAAAAUCGAUGGAUACAAUCAUUCUUUCACUCGUUGCGGCUGUUUGCACAUUUCUCAUACUCAUUUACUGGCUAACCAAGUAGACAUUGCCCAUGUCUUUGGAUUCAAUCUCUCCGUUGGGCCACGGCUGGUUUUCCCAUUAUGUUAGAUUCGUGUACGUGAUCAUCAGUGUUCUAGUAAAGAAUCUAAAGAUCAAAAAUAUAAAUAUUUUGUGAAAGCGUACAGCAAACUUUCAUCCCUACUUUCCAGUUUAGCUUAUUCAACCGUCUGUUUCUCUCAUCUAA